CGCUAAAAUCGAGCGGCCCUUCCGUCGCGAUGGUGGCCAGCGCCGCUGGCGGUACCGUGUGCGUGUCGCCCCGUGUGUCCUGAGCAAGCGUGUCACCAGUGUUCUCGCAAAAGGGUGCGGUGUCUUCUCAUCGGGGUGGACGCGCGUCGUACCCCGGGAGCGCGUCCGUUCGCGUCCCAGUGAGAUGAGUGCCGGCGCCGCGGGCGACAGCAAAUCGUCACCGUCGUCCAAGCGACGCCCCAAGCACCGCCGUCCGCCGCCGCAGCCACCGCCGUCGACGACGACUACGGCGACGGUUAGAGUGAAACCGGAACCCGUGGACGACAUCAAGGACUACGCGGAGACGACGAUGAACGAGCUUCUCGGCUGGUACGGCUACGAGAAGGUGGUCGAUCGGCGGGACACGCAGGGCCUGAACCUGGGCCACUUUGCCGCGUCCAGCUCGGAGGACGAGCGCAGCGGCCAGGACUCGGCCGGCGAGCAGCGGCCGCGCCACCACCACAAGCAGCGCAAGCAGCGCCGGUCGGCUCGCCUCACGCCCCUGCACCACCAGAGACUCGCCACACCCGUGGCCGUCGCCUCCUCGGUGGGCGCGAGCGACGACGCGCUGGUCAUCGCCGCCCCGCAGCUCGGCGAGCCCGGUACCAGCCCCAGGGACGACGAUGGGGCCAACCUUCCACCCAACUGCAUCCUGUGCGCCUGGUGCCAGAAGGUGGGCAUGAAGCUGUUCACGCUCAAGACGACGAACGGUAGCAAAGCAUUCUGCUCCGAGCUGUGCUUCACGCAGUGCCGGCGCGCCUCCUUUAAGAAGAACAAGGUGUGCGACUGGUGCAAGCACGUUCGCCAUACGGUCAACUACGUCGACUUCCAGGACGGCGAGCAGCAGCUGCAGUUUUGCAGCGACAAGUGCCUCAACCAGUACAAGAUGAACAUCUUCUGCCGCGAGACGCAGGCGCACCUUCAGAUGCACCCGCACCUCCAGGACGCCGCCGCGGCCUGCAAGGUCGCCUCGGGACUCAUCACCCCUGACCUCUGGCUCCGGGACUGCAAGAGCAGCCAGCCGUCCGGUGCAAGCAACGGACAUGACGAUUCGUCGGAAAGGGAGGAUGAUCACAAAAGUCCUCCGCCUCCACCGCCAGUGCUUCCGGCGCUGCCCCCGCCACCACUGUCAUCUUCGGCGCCGCCUCAUUCGAGGCCGUCGCAGCCGUCGCCGGACUCCGGAGCCAGCGGGGACCCCGUCAACCUUUCGCAGAAACCAACGCACACCAAGCCGUCAUCCUCCAAGAGACGUCGUUCCCUGCGGUCCUCCCGAUCUUCGCAUGCGAGCAGUUCUCAAGAUGCCGGCGGCGUUGGCUCUUCGUCCUCCGGUCACAACCACCAGGCGCACACCGCACGGUCGCCCACCAGGGCCACCAGUACAACUCCGCUGAGCAGCCCCGGCGCGUCGGGGAGCUCGACGCACCAUCUCAACGGUCACCACCCGCCGCCGCCGCCGCUGCGCUGUCCGGGCAGCCCGCCUCCCCUAGCACCCGUAAUGCCGCCGCUAACACUGCCCUGCAGACCUGGGGCAGCGCUACCGGACCCGGGAGGAAGGCCGUUUCUGCCUCCUCCACAUCCAGCGUUCCACAUGUUCCCUUCAGUACCGCCGCCACCCCACUUGCGAAUGCACGGUAACACUGCCGCUGCCGCUGCAGCAGCUGCUGGCCCGUCCUCCGCAUGUACCGCCUAUGCGCGCCUUUCUGCCACCUCCGCCCCACUCCGCCGCCGGUCCUCCGGCACCGACACCCCCGACAGGGGUCGUUCCACCCAUGGGCCUACACCGGCAGCCUCCCCUUGCACUGCCGCCGGCUCCGAAUCCUCUGCUCCCCCUCCCACGGUCAUGGUGCCGUACCCCAUAUUCGUGCCCAUACCCAUUCCCAUUCCGAUCCCCAUACCACUGCCACUCAAGUCUUCAUCUACGUCCGUUCCCGCGCUACAGCCCCCUCCUCCUUCGUCGUCAUCUUCCUCGACGUCAGCGCCACCGCCACCACCGCUGCCGGCGAGGGACCAUCACCACCAUCGUCACCACCACCGCGCCGGCGGCAAAAAGGGGUCGUCGUCCGAACACCGCCACCGCCGGCACGAGAAGCGGCGGCAGCGGAGGCUGACCCCCGAGCACGAGGACAUGCGGGACUCCGUGGAUACGGAGGACGAGGGCAGCCCCGGAUCCAGGUCGUCACAUUCAUGCAGGGCGGCGGCCCGCCACGGCGCUAGCACGCUUCAGCUCAGGAUCGUCAGGAGCCCUCCAGUCCUGGACCAGGACAACAAGAGAGCUCUCGACGAAGAGGACGAGGCCGCUGGAAGGGAUGCUAAGAGAAAGUGCCCGCGGGACUAAGCUCCGGAACGCGUGAAAACGAGACUCUGCGCUGAAUUGACGCAAAUCGCAUGGUUGAAGCCUAUCUGUGAUGUGCACGUCGCAGUUCCUUCAAGCCGUCUCCACGGAACCGGUUAUCAUAGCGCGGAUGCAUCCAAAGGGGUCGCGCGAGUGAACCUUGUUAAAACGAAACUCCAAGUGCUUGAUGCCGACCGCGGAGUUCAAGUCUUGCUGUGGUGUGCACGGGUUAGUUCCUUGAUGCCGUGUUGUGCAGUACCGGCUCUUGUGGGCCCUACGGACCAAUGGCACAGAUAUCUGCCAAGGAGCCAUGUGCAUGAAGUGCAUCGCAAAGUCGCAGGCCGGACACUUAAGAUUGCUACUUUUACACAAACUCGUAAUUGUGCUGUGCUCGUCAUACCUGGACAAAAUGCUACAACGCGGACAGUAGCGAGCUGCACGCACUAAGGAAGUGUUAUAAUUGUUGAUGGCCCAUCCGGUGUCGAGAUCUUUACGUUGCAAAUUUAUUGUUGCACGCGAACGUUUAUUAGUAUUAUUAUUAUAUGUCAUUUAUUUCGCAGUCACCGUCAUCUUAAAGAAAAGUUAGUCGCCUAUAUAGAGAGGUGUGUUUGUUUCCUGACUCGAUGCUAGUGCGCUGGAGAACUGGCUGAAAGUGAUCUCUGUAAUAUGACUUCUGCCAUCGCAAGUGUGAAGAACUUUCUUAAUGCCAUGAACUGGGCGUGGUGAAUACCAGGCUUCGCCACGAGCCUUAGAUGUCCGAGUGGUGUCGUUGAGUCAGUGCAUGAUUAACGAGCAAAUAAUAUUAAAGAAUACCAAAGCGAUUUUCUCCAUGAUCAUCUGUAAGGUAUGUCGGCAUGAGUUAUAAGUGUAAAAACUGCCAGCUUCGUUGAUCACAAAGGUGUGCUUUUACACUCGUGUGCUUUCUUACGUUUGAGGCACAUUUUCUUUUAACAUCAGCGCUUCUGUCCACGCCUUAUCUGUCUGCUUGAAACAGUGCCACAUACGUGGGCCGGCAUGAAAUGCUAAAUUUCCUCUCGCUCGCAAAAUGCUAAUGUUGUUUAUUUGUUUAUUCAAAACUGUGUAAAUUGGCGUGCGCACUUCUGUUUGCUAAAUGUUGGUCGGUGAAAUUGGCGAGGUUGUGUUCUCCGCUAUACACAUCGCGUUGAAAAAGCAUCUGCUGAUCAUUAACGUACUUGAUGCACUUGCUUUUAGUCCCGCCGAACAUGACUUUGCAGAAAGUACAUGACAUAACGACUUUGGUCACAGCUAAUGUGAUAUGGUUAGGACAACGACAGCCUAGGUUCUUGCGAACUAUAUGUGUUGCGAAUGUGGGCCCAGUGGGCCUUGGUGUGUUGCCAACCGCAAUAUUGUCUCCGAACGAGAGUGGCAGCUCAGUUGCGUUAUGUUCGCGUAAUCAUAAUUUGCUGCAAAAUGUUAUCCGGCGAUGAAGGCUGAUUUGGUGCAACGCUUCAGCCAGCGAGUAAGGUGUCCCGUUCACUGCAGUGGCAAGGCAGCAGCAUGAUCGAUUUGUUUCUCUUUUUUUUUCCACAUCUGCUACACCUUCUGAAACAGUUCACACGGUAACAAACAGCCAUAAGCUUCACUAGACGCCAUGCCAUGACAGAGCCGAUCAGUCGAAGACAGUCAUGCAAUGUUUCAGACGUUCUCGCAUGCAAGCACGACCACGAACGACCACAAACCUUGCUGUUUGCGUUUUGCGAGAUCAGCGUGGUGUUUUGUCACUGCAAACUUGCCGUUGAGCCGGCUUCGAGUGUUGCUGCGCGAGCAAUAGCACAACACUCGACUGCGGCGAAAUCGUGACGAUAUUGUCGCACUUGCACACUGCGUGAAUUUUUUUUUUUUUCUUCGCCUGCGCCCAGCCAUAGCGCAGGCGUCUUUGCGAGUGCCAUGAAUCCUGUCGCGUAGGUUGACAGUGGUGGGCCCAGGGAACACGUCAACGCUAUACAGUCCCACUGUAAGCCGAAUGCCGAUUAGAUUGUAUACGAAAGCUAUUCUAUUGUCAAACGGCGCAGUCGGGAACAAAUUGUUCCCACAGCACCAUUACGCAAGGAUGAGUGCUUACAUGCGAAAUAUAUAAUCGCCUAAUCUUUAGUGUAUACUAGGUUAUCCUUUAUCUCAUCGUUCAUUUUCGAAAAAACACAAUUACGCGGAUAGAUUCGGCUACAAAACACGGAUCGCGCCUGCCAACCACUACGUUAAAUGGGGAAAAAAAGCGUCUUUAACGUAAGAACCGUUCAAAUUCGGUACAACGUUAUUCCCUAUUUAUGUAACACAAAAUUUUGUGCCAAGAGUGAUGUACUGACGUAGAUUCGAAAUCGCGACAUCAUGGCGCGCUUUCUGAUCGCACACUGUUUUCUGCGCCCACCAUUGCCCGCCCAUGCACAAGCAGCUAUUAUUUUCCUUUGUACAUAGAUGUACAGCACCAUAUGUGCAUUGGUGCUGACACUGCAAUCCUGAUUAUAUAUAAACUUUGUUCAAAGCA